GCCUUGGAGAAGUGCUCGUCGCCCCGUACAUUCCGGAUGUCAUGAAGUGGGGCCGCGAGAGUCGACGCAUGGGGAACGAACCUGUGCACGUACGCGAAAAUCCCCAAGAAACGUUCCAGGUCCUUUGCGUUGGAUGGACGCUGGAAGUUCAGGACCGCGUCGACACGAGAUUGAGGAAUCCGAAUCCCCGAAGCGUCGACCUCGUGGCCGAGGAAGGUAAUACGGGGCUUGGCCAUCUCGCACUUCUCGAUGUUAAUUUGCAGCUUCUUCCGUUGCAGGAGCUUGAAGAUCGACUGAAGAUGUUGAAGAUGUUCGUCGUUGCUCCUGCUUGCGACUACAACGUCGUCGACGUACACGAAAGCGAACGGGCAGGACUUCAAGAGUUGUUGGAUGUUACGUUGGAAUGCCUGCCCGCUGUUCCGGAGGCCGAAAGGCAUUCGGCGGUACCGGAACAAUCCAAAAGGAGUCGCGAUCGUGGUUUUGUCGACAUCCUCCUUCGCCACCUCCACUUGAUGAUAGGCCAUCC